GACUCGUUCGCUUUGCCCAUCGAGCUUCAAGGUGGAAUCGGUACCAUUUCAUCCAGAAGACCUUCGUACGCCGCUGAAUCGUUCACAAGAUCCAAUUUCCAGCCGUUGGUUGGCUCCGGUAUCGGAAGCAACAACACGAACGCCAACUACAAGUCUCCCCAGUUGGGCCCUACAGCCUCUUCCUUUUAUGGUAGCAACAACAGUAGUGGCAACAACGGUAACAGCAACAAUAACAAUAAACAGUUAUCAUCUUAUGCUAUGUUUAACAACUAUAACCAGAGCUUCAACUUUGACCAGUUCAACGAUGCCUUUGCCAACAACUUCAAUCUCAACUCCAACUUCAAUGACUUCCAAGCCAGAAGACCCAGCCAAUUGGUCGAGUUCCAGCAGCAACAGCAGUACUCCGUGAAUCCAUAUCUCCAUCCACAGUCUCAACCACUCCAGACCAUCCAGCAGAACCAGAAUUCGGCUCAAUUCAAACAAUCUAUCAAGUUGGAAAAUGGGCUCAUUCUUAAGGACCAAUACAUCAUUGCUUCUCCAGAUUUGAAGAAUCAGUAUCUCAAGACUACCAAGUAUUUCCAAGAUCCUCAUAUCACCAAUGAGGUCUUGACAAAGUUGAACGACUUGUUAUCUCUUCCUGUAGUUGUGAAGCUCAUUACCUUCAUCAAGAACUUGAAUAAUCUCACCUUUAACCACAAGAUCUUGUGCCUUGUGAUCAACAAGAACGGUAAAUUUGACUUGCUCUCGUAUCCCAAUAAUUCCAAUAUCUUCUUGCAACGCGACGACUUAGUCAUAGUAGACGGAGAUAGAGGAAAGGAUUUGGUGAUGAUAGUAGAGCCUUUAGUUAAUCUUAAUUUUGCUAUUCUUUUCAACUUCUUGAAGAAAUUGGAGCAUUUAAAGAGCUUAACCAUUAACGAUUCCAACUCCAACCACCAUAACCCAGGUCAGAAGAUCAAUGGUACUCACUCCACCUCGUUGAAUGCGUCGGCAAUCAUCAAUUCACACCUGAAUGAAGACAACGAGUUCAUUAUUACUUUGCCUACCAAACAAGUUCUUAGAUUCGCUACACCUAAAGAGAUUCACAAGAUCAGUGGCAAGUUUUUAGAAGAGAAGAAAGCUUUUAUUACUUGCUUCAACAAGAUCAAGGAAUUGAAUCUACAAUCCAAUUUGACGUUGAUUAACGUCGAAUACCAAUCGGACUUCAAGAAGUUGAUCUUCUACUACUUUGCCAACUUCAAGAGAAUUGACUUCCGUGGUUUGAUCAAGGAAUUAUUCAAGAUCUACAAAACAAGAAUUUGGUUAUGCGCUGUAUUGCCUUACGAUAAACCAGAGCUCUAUGUUACCAUGUCCAAAGAAGAGGCUGAAACGAAGAAAGCAGAAAAGUUGAAGAAGGAAAAGGAAUCUAAAGACGAGGACGACGACAAUUUGAUUCCUAGCGAAUAUGAAUUGUCCAAUGAACAAAUUUUGAACUUCUCUAUCAAUGAGUUUGAGAACUUAUCGAGUCCCAACUACUUCCACCUGAUCAAUUUGUUGAAUUUGAUUGAACACUUAUCAAACGAACUCCCAGGAUACUUCUAUGGUUUUAACAAUUCUUCUGUCUCCACAGGUGGAAACAACAUUGAUAAUAGUGGUCCUAGAAAUGCAAAAGGAAAAGGAUCUUCUCCUACCUAUUCAGCUAAAGCUUCAAACAGUGCAACUGGAGAACAUAGUAAAAUCUUGCCCAGCUUUAAUCCAUUUGGCGACAAUGUCUCCAUAAACCCCAACUACCAAUAA